UGUGUCCAAGAGAGAGAAAGAGAAAAAAACCCACACAGAUUUUUACCGCGCGCAGCACGUAUGAAAAAUAUGCUUGCAGAUUCGCCCAGAGCGUUUGACUCUCAUUCAGAGGAGACGUGUAGCGAAGUGGAGCGAAGCAAAUCCCGUUGGAGCAACAACACCAACGCUGCGCGCAAACACAAGAGAGGUUACAGUCAUUCAGGACGUGAGACGGAGGGUCCGAAGAGAACUGGUGUACAAUAUAACGCAUAACAUGCCAAUUGCUACUUAUUCUGUCGCUUCUACGAUCACUUAUCUUUGGACUGUUGCUUGGUGGAAUUAGCAUAAAUCGGAUCAUUGACGUGCCGUCACUUAGAGACUCUGAGAAGACCAUUUCCUAGAUCCUGGUAGCUUGUCUUCAGGAAACGAUUGACUCCUCGUUACCUUACGCACGAAUAUAUCGCUACCAACUAAAUCUAGGAAAUAAUUCCAAGGACAAAUUUAUAAGUUUUAGGGAUGCUGUGGUCUCUGUUCCUGUUUGCUCUGGUGGUGGAAGUCACCUCACACGGCCGGAACACAACACGCUCUCCGGAACGCACCACUGAACGGGCCACCUUACAAAUCUGGGGGGCGUCACACCGCAGGGAACAAGAUAACCCAUCGCUGCUCCUCCGGCCUCAGAUCCACUACUGCCGAUCGCCUAACAUGGAGACUUUCACCUGCUGGUGGCAUUUCCCUGACAACGGUUCCCGUGGCAACGAAAACAUCACCUACACGCUGACCUACUCUGUGGGGAACGGGCCCAAGAAGGAGUGUCCAGACUAUGUGACGGGCGGGGCCAAUAGCUGCUAUUUCGACAGCCGUCACACACAGGUGUGGGAGAUUUACUGCAUGAGCGUGGUGGCGCACGGCAGACAUGGAAACUACACAUCUGAAGAUCACUGCCUGGAUGUGGCUGACAUCGUGGAGACAGACCCGCCCUUCAACCUCACCUACUGGCUGACCAACAGCAGCGAGGAGGGGGCUGGGCGCUCGGCGAUGGUGUCUUGGCUGUACCCAAACGCCGAAGACGUGCACUCGGGCUGGGUGACUCUCGUCUUCGAGCUGCAGUACCGCCGCCAGUCCGAGCCUCACAACUGGAAGGUGAAGGGGGUGCUGCGCGAGCCGCGGCUGGAGCUGCUGGACCUGCCGCCGGGGAGCUACGUGGUCAGGGUGCGCUGCAAGUCCCACAUCUCCAAGCUGUGGAGCAAGUGGAGUGAGCUCCUCACCAUCCACAUCCCGAACCAGCAGAGCAUAGGUAUGCAGCCUGAGAACAAGAUGCUGGCCAUCAUCCUGGUGACAGGGAUUGGCGUAAUGGCGUUCCUCAUGAUUGGCUUUGGGGUUAUACCGCAUAGUAAAAGGAUUAAAGCUUUUCUCCUCCCUCCAGUCCCAAAACCUCGGAUCAGAGGGAUCGAUCCCAUCCUACUGAAGAAUGGGAGGAUGGAUGAGAUAACCCGUCUCUUCAAAUCGUUCCAUGGCUACAGCCCCCCGCAGUACUGCGCAGAAAGCUGGCUCCACGUGACCACGGAUGAGGGCCAGUCCCUGAAGGGGAGCCCUCUGGCGAAAGUGUCCGAGAAGGUCGGUCAGUUCGCUCCCGACGGCCAGCCGGCCGCCAUUCCAGCGGACCAGCAGGUGCAGCAGGGCUCGUCCCCGUACUGCGAGGUCCCGCCCCAGGCCCCGGUGGAGAGCUCCGCCUGGCCGUGGCCCUGCGCGGACCCUCGCGGCUACGCCGUGGCCCCGGGCCCCGCCCAGGCCAUGGACUUCUACACCUGCGUGAACGGGGUCAACACGAGCGGGGCCGUCCAGCUGGUGCCCUGCAGGCCCGCCCACGUCGGAGCCACGCCCCUCACGCAGCUGAAAGAGGGCGCGGAGAAGGGCGGGGCCGAGGAGAGGGGCCAGCUGGUCAUGGACAAGGCCCAGCAGAGGGCGCUGGCGGAGGACGUGACGCCGGUCAGCACGGGAGGUACCGCGGGGCCCCCGGGGGGACAGGUGGGGGGCUGUUACACUACCAUGGAGGACCUGAAGCAUCUGAGGGACCGGCCUGUGGAUGUGGCCGCAGCGCAGGGAGAUGGACAGGAGGAGGCGCUGUGCUCAGAGCAGAGUCAGAUACCUGCCCCCUCACUGCCAGCUGUGACUGAGGGGGCUGAGCCCUGAGCACACAUAUUUAAGCACACACACACUCACACACUCACACACGUGCACACGCACACACAAACACACACAAACGCACACACGCAAGCAUGCACAUGCACAUACACACACAAACACACACGCACACACACAGAUACAAACACGCACACACACACACACACGGACACACCAGUAAUUAGUUCCAUUAUCUCUGGUUGUUUUUCUCAGUGAGAUCUGGAGCCCGUUGACAUCUUGACCGAUGUUCUGGUUUUCGCGACACUGCUGCAAGAGAUGCACAGAUGGGGUUGUCUCAGGGGCAAUAUCCUAGAUUUUUGUGUCUCCUUUCCUUUUUAAAAUUUGCCAAAUUAUGGCAACACUGACUGCGGGCACAUUCUUCUGCACACUUACGGAAAGAGCUAAGGCACUUUCUGUCAGCCUUAAUGCAGUACACUGAUCUCUACUGCUGCUAACCACCAUCAUUCUGUUCAGGGUAAGAGAUUAGUUUGCUCUGCGGCUCGUCUUGCCUUGUUGUAGUUCUGUUUCUCUAGGUCUCCAGUUGCUGGGGUGAUGGGGUGAUCUUGUUUGUUAAUUUUACACAAAAAUACAGCAGCAUAUAACUGAAUACUGUAACUUAGGUGCUCUGCAUUUAACCUGAAAGGCUAAUGUUUGCAUCACCCACAAACUGUGACUGUGGGUGAUGCUGAGACCCCAGUUUAAGUUCACUGUCACUGUCUUCAUGGUAUUGCUAAAAGCAGUUCCAUUUUUUAUUCCUGCAAAGGUACACCUGAGAUUAUAGUGUCAUUUCCUCUCGUUUUAUUGCUUUCAUAUUGUUUAUAGACACACACACGCACACACACACACACACACACACGCACACACUCCUUGCAUUCCUUGCUCUUGUUAUUGGAAUAAAAGUCCACUGUCCAUGGUAGCCUUUGGGAGCAACUCGCGGUUGAAUUGUGAGCCAAUUUGGAGCACCCCCCAAUUCUACCUCUUUUUAAUCGCGCCAGACUGGUGCAGUCCAAGACACAAGAUGGUGAACAUGCGUGACCAUUUUGACAACAAACAAAAAAAAAACGACCUGCUUUCUAUGCUUGUGUUUUUACAUAGGUGUGCGUAUAUAUAUAUAGAACGCAUCCUCAUAUGAUCCUCAGAUGUCAGCAUGUAGACAAUAAGUGCUGAAAAUGGAAAGUUCUCACUCACACUGCCCCCUACUGGCCAUAAGUGUCACGACAGCUCAAACAAGACUUCGCCUUCGCAGUUUGCAGAGUUGACUGCACUGUAGGAGGCAAAAUGUGGCUGAUCUGAAAUUGAUGCUGGCCAGUAGAAGUGUGACCAGCUGUGAAUUGGCGCUAGGAGGAAUCACAGAGACCUGUGUGACUGUUCUCCAGGGUCAGAGCCGAGGCGGACUUGCUUCUUUUAAUGUAAAACAGGGUUUUUAGUCUUAUUUCAUCAUUCCACAUCCAAGCCAAGGACAACUGGGAAAGUGUGACAUUUGAGUUUGCUUCAAAGCGGGUGGGGGGCGGACUCUGGAAAAAAAAUUAAGGCAUCACACCCCGAGAAAGACGGAGGAUGGACUGUUCCAAUCGGAAAGGCAGCAGAGGACAUGUGAUAAACUUGGGAGGACACAUUCCUUUAUCGGGGAGAUGGAUCUGCUGUUCCAAUCAUUCUAAUUUGCUUAAUGCAUUUAAACAUGCUGGACAGAAGCAGGUUUCAUGUAGCUGAAGAGUGUCUGUGUGUGUGUGUGUGUGUGUGUGUGCAUAUGCGUGCGUGCAUACGUUUGUGUGUAUUCGUGCAUGCGUGUACGUGCGCGCGUACGUGCAUUUGCACGCGUGCAAGUGUGUGUGUGUGUGUACGUGUACAGUUUGUGUGCGAGUGCACGUGCGUAUGUGUGUGUGGUGUGUAUGUGGUGUGUGCGUGUGGUGUGUUUGUGGUGUGUAUGUGCACGUGUGUGCAUGUGUGUGUGCGGUGUUUAUGUGUUUGGUGUGUGUGUGAGGGUGUAGCGUAUGCAUUCCAGACAGAAUGAAAGCACAUGUAGUGCUACUAGUAAUCUUGGGAGUUUUGCAGCUGUGGACUUGAACAACACUGACAAAUAGAUUCUCUUAUUUUGGUUUGUGCUUUCAUGUGCUUUUAAGACUGCUGCCUUAGAUUCUGAAUUUGACGCAAAAUCCUUGCGUCGGCAUCCAUUUCAGAUCAAAAAAACUCCCUUCCCACACUUGAGACAGAUAAGCUGUUUUUUGAAUCUGAGAUAGAGUCACUGUGUUCGCAUUGUAUAUAUUGCAACUGUGUUGGUAGGCUAAAAAAAUUGCUUUGUGUUGGUCUGUCAAGAUGUACAGUUUUAAAUGACGUGAACUGUGAACGGUAUUCCAGUCUCCAGUGAAGCUGUUAUGUUGUGUGCCUGUCGUGUGUUACCCCAGGCUCUUAGUGCUUUUCUGCCCCAGACAGAUUCUGCCCCUAAAGCCCAGAUAUGACACCAGCUAAUCCAACUAAUCUCAUCCAGUGCCAGUGAGCGUGCGAGAAAAAAAAAGGAUGAGACUAUUUAUGGGAUCAGCGCUUUCUAAGAGUGUAUGCACAUUUUGCAGGUCUGCUGUAUUGGGAUUUUUUUAAAGAAUAAAUUUGGUGCCCAAAGUGAGGCUGAGUAUAUCAGAUUCCCACCAAAAUUUGGAAUGUACAGUUACCAGCAACUGCAGCCGCGUUCAUGCGCGAACCCCACUGCCGAAUCGGGAGAGUGUAGACGUCCACCGUUCUUCUCCGAAACGCGUGGUGUCGCAAGGUGUUGGAGGAACACCUUUCCAAUGCUGUUUUAACUGCAAUUCACAGGUGCACCAUAGACCAGCAGGGGUCAUUAGAUAGCGAUGAACAUGGAACCCUGACCACUUCCAUCCCAUGCCAAUUGCGUGUCGCCCUGUGGAGCUCCUGGCCACAGUCGGCACUGGCACAGUCUGGAUUUGUUCCCAGGCCAGGAGGCUGGUCCAUACACAACAGCGUAGUACCAAGAGGCCUGUAUCAAGAAUCUUGCACUAGUGCCUUAAUCUGUGUGGGGUUUUUCAAACAUGUUUCUAACUGCCCUGACAGACCCAGCAGCAAAACCUCAUUCCUAAAGAUCCCGUCAACACCAUUCUCUCAGCAAUGUUCAUUCCCAUCAAUUCCAUAAUCCCACCGCCACCCCCCCCCCCCCUCCACAUUCCAAAAAUUAUGGUGGCUCUCUUCUACAAACAUGCCUUCACCCCCAACACCAGACCAGAAGUCUCAAAGCCGCCAGCCAGCACCACUCUCAUGCAUUGUCCAAAAACCGGACAGUGGUGUUCUGUCAGGAGCUGUGUAUAAUUUUGUGAAGUUUUCAAAUACAACCUGUCUCUUACCUUCUCUAUUCUGAUCUGAGCACUUUGAUGUGGUGGAUGAACUUUCACGUGUCCUGAAUAAAUCCUGAAGUCUGCAAGA